AUGGUCAUCGACGGCAAUACCAGCUUGGCUGCAUACGCUCUGAUCACUCUGUGCCCACUAUUAUGGUCGUUUACAUCGAGAGAGAUUAUUAUGUUCGCUCGGGAAACGGGCUACCGUAAGAUUACACGAAUGAAGAUUGAGAAGUGUACGGUAGAUAUUGAUUCGCAAAUGUUCACGGCGUUUACCAUCUAUCAAUUUGUACUCUGCUACUGUACUCCUUUGGUGCUUAUCGCCUAUUUCUAUUCAAAACUCCUGAGGAAACUUCGUGAACAUGCUCGAACAUUCAAGGUAAGUGAUUCCGAGGGAACCGUUCCACCGUUAUUCGUCUAUAUUAUGUACUUCAUUCAUGCGUUGCCGUUCACGAAUUCCGCCAUUAACUGGAUACUCUACGGAGCUCUGAAUGGUCAACUGCAACAGCGAUAUGGGCGAACACGAUCUAUGAAGAGUACAGCGAAAUCGAGACCGACAACGGCAAGUGCUGUGAAAAUGGCGCAGACGAUGAACGGCUCUGCCACGAUUCCCAAUCCACCAACGGAAGGACCGCUUAGCAGUGGUGACGGUGAUUCUGAAAUGGUGGAUGUUCGACUGCUAGCUGCCCAUGAGCCAACCCAUCUCUAA